CUUCCUCUUCAAAAACCCUAAUUUUUGUAGGGUUGUGGUAAAUUAAGCAAAGAUGGUGAAGUCAAAAGAGAAGAAAGUGAAUGUGUCGGGGAAGCCGAAGCACUCGCUCGAUGCGAACCGGACGGAUGGGAAAAGCGGCGAUCGUAGCGCCUCUACGGUGCGCCGCCUUAAGAUGUACAAUUCGAGGCCAAAACGCGACCGUAAGGGCAAGGUUUUGAAGCAUGAGCUACAGUCUAAGGAGUUACCCAACACUCGCAUACAACCUGACCGCCGUUGGUUCGGAAAUACACGAGUUGUAAAUCAGAAAGAGCUCGAAUUCUUUCGUGAGGAGCUUCAAAGCCGUAUGUCAAGCAACUAUAAUGUCAUUUUGAGGGAGAAAAAAUUGCCAUUUUCUCUUCUGAACGAUCACCAGAAACAAGCUAGAGUUCACCUUCUUGAUACCGAACCUUUUCAAGAUGCAUUUGGACCUAAAGGAAAGAGAAAGCGUCCAAAGCUGUUGGCAGCAGAUUAUGAGUCUUUAGUUAAGAGAGCUGAUGGUUCUCAAGAUGCCUAUGAGCAGAAGUAUGGUGCUAGUACAUCUGCAGAAGGAAAUGAGGGAGAUGGAUUCAGGGAUCUGGUUCGGCAUACAAUGUUUGAGAAGGGUCAAAGUAAACGUAUAUGGGGUGAACUGUACAAAGUAAUAGAUUCAUCAGAUGUUGUUGUUCAGGUUUUGGAUGCCAGAGAUCCUCAAGGGACAAGAUGCUAUCAUUUAGAGAGGCAUUUGAAGGAGCAUUGCAAGCAUAAGCACAUGAUUCUUCUUUUAAACAAGUGUGAUCUUGUUCCUGCUUGGGCUACAAAAGGAUGGCUUAGAGUAUUGUCCAAGGAAUAUCCUAGUUUAGCAUUCCAUGCUAGCAUCAAUAAGUCUUUUGGCAAGGGUUCUCUGCUAUCAGUCUUGAGACAAUUUGCUCGCUUGAAGAGUGACAAGCAAGCUAUAUCUGUUGGUUUUGUUGGGUAUCCCAAUGUUGGAAAGUCAUCAGUUAUCAACACACUGCGUACGAAGAAUGUAUGCAAGGUUGCUCCUAUUCCAGGGGAGACCAAGGUGUGGCAGUAUAUAACACUCACAAAAAGGAUCUUCUUGAUUGACUGUCCUGGAGUUGUUUAUCAAAAUAAAGACACUGAAACAGAUAUUGUACUAAAAGGAGUGGUCCGUGUAACAAACUUGGAGGAUGCUGCUGAGCACAUUGGAGAAGUCUUAAAACGUGUCAAGAAGGCACACCUUAAAAGAGCCUAUAAGAUAGCCGACUGGGAAGAUGAAAACGAUUUUCUACUUCAGCUCUGCAAAUCAACUGGCAAACUUUUGAAGGGUGGUGAACCUGAUGUAAUGACGGCGGCAAAGAUGAUCCUUCAUGACUGGCAGAGAGGUAGGAUUCCAUUCUUUGUUCCGCCUCCACAACAAGAUGAAUCCUCAGAAGAGCUGAAUGCAUAUGGGAUAACUGAGGAGGCAGUUGCAGACAGUACUCAGGCAUCUGCGGCUCUCAAAGUCAUCAAUACAGUGAUGUUGUCCCAGCAGCAAAAAAGCGUUCCUGUUCAAAAGGAUCUGUUCAGUGAGGAUGAAUUGAAUGUUGAGACAGCAAAUCAUCCUCAAGUUAGCAAUGUUGAGACUGGUGAUCAUCCUACUGCCACAGACGAUGAAGAUCAGCUUCCAUCUUCGGACAGUGAAACAGACGAAGAUCAGCCUUCGACAGGUGACUCCUAGAUUGUAGUACUAGCUGGAAAGAAAAUUGAAAUUCAGUUUUGUAUUCUUUUUCAUUUAAUAUUUCAUUUUCAGUCAAGUGAAAUUACUACAUAUUACAAGUGAGUUAUUAGUUUAUAGGGGUUAUUUUCAUCUGGUCUCUCUUCUAUCCCAUACUCCUGGAAUUAUGUUGUUAGCAAUGCUUCUUGAGACCUCUGAAGGCUGCACUGAAAACUGUCCACGAGAGGACCCUCAGAAGUCUUUUCAAAGAGCUGCAAAUAAUUAGUGGCAUCCAAAAUAAUUGGCUUAGAUUAGGCCAGUCAGUCACAGCUAGAAUCAGAUUACUGUCGUUGUAGCUGAACAGAAGCAGCCUAAUUCUGGGGAUCUGUAGAGUGUCAAGGGUUUACCUGUUAAGCUUUGCAGGGCUGGUAGCCACUGUGUUCCUGUCAAUUGUCAGUAUCUUCAAUUUAUUUCUCGGACAAAAUUUCAUUUAGUCGGACGACAUUUAUUCAA